ACAGAGAAAUUUCACCGGGCAGAACCAGAGAAACUCGUGAAAGUCGUAGAAGUAAUUCGAAAGAGCACUGCCCGGGUCAUUGUUGGUUUCCUGGCCCAUGUAGAGAUGAACAACCUUCUUGAGAAGUUAAGUCUGCACAACAUCACAGGCCUGCAGUUUGUUGGUGUGGAGGCAUGGAUCACUGCCAACAGCCUUGUGACUCCCACCAGCUUUAGUGUGCUGGGAGGUUCGCUGGGUUUUGCUGUGCAAAAGGCCAACAUCAGUGGCCUGGGUGAUUUUUUAAUCAAAGAUUUCUGGGAGACAGAGUUUAAAUGUAAGGAGACAAACAAGGACACCAAGACAGCAUCAUGCAAAGGAAACCAGGAUCUAAUUGAGCUUCAAGACAAUGAUGAUGAUGUUGCAGAGCUGCGAUACUCCAAUAACAUCUACAGAGCUGUCUAUGCUGUGGCCCAUUCUCUGCACAGCAUUCUAAAGUGCUCAAAAAGUCAGGGCUGUGACAAGACGAUAAAGGUUACUCCCUGGCAGGUAGUUGAAUCUUUGAAGCAGGUCAAUUGUACCAUUAAUAACGGAGACCAGGUGUGGUUUGACAGCACUGGAGCAACUGUGGCUAGGUAUGAGGUGGUGAACUGGCAGCGUGGAUCAGAGGACUCUGUCCAAUUUAAACAUGUCGGCUAUUAUGAUGCCUCCCUACCUCCCGGACAGAAGUUUGUCCUCAAUACUGAAGCCAUAUUGUGGCCUGGAGGGAAGACAGAGAUGCCUGUGUCAGUGUGCAGUAAACAAUGUCGUCCAGGAACUCAUAAAGUCCUUCAGAAAGGAAAGCCAGUCUGCUGCUAUCACUGCAUACCAUGUGCAGAGGGAGAAAUCAGCAACAGCACAGAUUCUAAUGACUGCAAAAAGUGUCCUGAAGAUUAUUGGUCCAAUCAAAACAGAGAUGCAUGUGUGCUGAAAAAUGUCGAGUUCCUCUACUUCACUGAGGUUAUGGGUAUAAUCCUUGUAUUUUUUACUUUGUUCGGUGUGUUCCUUACUUUAAUUGUGGCCACUCUUUUCUUGGUGAAUAAAGACUCUCCCUUGGUGAAAGCCAACAAUUCUGAGCUGAGCUUCCUGCUGCUCUUCUCCUUGACUCUGUGUUUCCUUUGUUCUCUGACCUUCAUAGGCCGGCCCACUGAGUGGUCCU